GUACCAUUAGCCUAUAUGGUUUUGCUGUUUUGGCCAUUAUUUGGACAUGCCUUUAAUGACGUGGCAACCAUUUUUAUGACAUGGUUUCCAACACACCAAUUAACUGACCUACGUCAUCCCGGCCGAAGCAAGAAAAAAAAAACUAACAACAAUAUUUUAAAAUAAAAUAAAAUAAUUGUUGAAAAGAUGAAAGGACUAAACUGUCCUCUUCAAUUUGUUUUAAGGAACAAGUUCCCCCCUAUUGAAGACCUAGGGUUUGCAGAUGGGUUUGAAACCCAUAUAACAUCAGAAUGGGUGAGCUCCAAUCGAACUGCUCUGGUCCCUUUCUUUCGCAGCAUUUUUGAUCUUUCUGCCAUCGCUGGUUUUUUUGGGCACCUUCCUCAUGUGAUAUCCGGUGAUUCAUCUUGUUUCUUCUCGUUUUCUAAUUCUCUUCGCUCUAGCUUUAUACUCUUGCGAUCAGUUUCUCAUCGAUUUGAUGUCAUGUCACCGUCUAUUUGCUUGGGCCUUGACGAUCCUCCUGUCUGAAUGGCGCCUUCGUUCAGCGAACCAUGUGACCGCCAAGCUUCGGAUCGGGUUUGGACCUAUUUCUCUCCCAAAACCACACACUGUUUCUUGAACUAUAUGUCUUCUCUUUUCACUUUAAUCUACGUCUCUAGCCUUGUCUUUGUUGAAUUUGAAUCAGAGAUUGAAACAAAAUAUCUUAACAGUA